AUGUUAAGCGUAGAAAUAUCUCCAGAACAGAAAUUUUUAAUCUAUAAACAAAAAGAAAGAGAGUAUAAAUUACUUUCUAUUAGAGAAGAAUAUGUAAGAAAAGAAAUCGAAAUUUUGAAAAGGGAAGAAAGACAUGCCAAGGAAGAGAUAAAUAGGGUUAAAAGCGUACCUUUUAUUAUGGGUCAAUUUUUAGAACCUAUUGAUAGUAAUACUGCUAUUGUAGGAAGUACUGCGGGGAGUAACUACGUAGUAAAAAUACUAUCUACAGUUGAUCGUGAACUUCUUAAGCCCAAUACAACAGUUGCAUUACAUAGACAUUCUAGUGCUAUCGUAGAUGUUCUUCCUCCAGAAGCGGACAGUUGUAUUCCAGUUAUGGGGGAAAAUGAGAAGCCUGAUGUGACAUAUAGUGAUGUUGGUGGACUUGAUGUCCAGAAACAAGAAAUACGAGAAACUGUCGAGUUACCUCUUCUUCAUAACCAGUUAUACAAACAAAUAGGAAUUGAGCCACCUCGAGGGGUACUCUUAUAUGGUCCGCCUGGUACUGGUAAAACAAUGUUAGUAAAAGCAGUUGCAAACCACACAAAAGCCACUUUUAUUUCAAUAAAUGGAUCCGAAUUUGUGCAAAAAUAUUUAGGAGAGGGACCAAGAAUGGUAAGAGACGUUUUUCGACUUGCAAGAGAGCGUGAACCUAGCAUUAUGUUUAUAGAUGAAGCUGAUUCUAUUGCUACUAAAAGAUUUGAUGCAUCUACAUCGGCAGAUAGGGAAGUUCAACGAGUUUUACUUGAAUUGUUAAACCAAAUGGAUGGUUUUGAUCAAAAUUGUAAUGUAAGAGUAAUUAUGGCAACUAACAGAGCUGAUACUAUUGAUCCUGCUUUAUUAAGACCUGGAAGAUUAGAUAGAAAAAUUGAAUUUCCUCUUCCGGAUAGAAGACAAAAAAGACUUGUUUUUUCUACUAUUACUGGUAAAAUGAGCUUAUCGAACGAUGUUGAUUUAGAAUCAUUAGUUAAUAGACCAGAUAGGAUAAGUUGUGCCGAUAUAAAUUCCAUAUGCCAAGAAGCCGGAACCCUUGCUGUAAGAUCAAGUAGAUAUGUAGUAAAUCAUAAGGAUUUCGAAGAAGCAUAUGCUAAGGUUGUAGAGAGGCAUGACACUCAGCCAGAUUUUUACUAUUAA